GGCAAUUGAGUAACAGACAUACUGUAGUACAGUUUACGUUCAGUUCUAAGAGAAAUCAAUUUUUAGUAAAAAUGACUACGCAAAGUUCACCCGCAAAAAUGAAGGAAUUGCGUUUGCCUAUGUCAAGGGUAAAAACAAUUAUGAGAAGUUCUCCUUACGUCGAUACAAUCGGCCAAGAUGGAUUGUAUCUAGUCACGAAGGCUACGGAACUAUUUAUACAUUAUCUAACGGAAGAAGCUCAUUUGAGAAAUAACAAAGGGAAUUCCUUAGACUAUAAGCAUCUUGCUGAGGUAGUACAGACCAACGAUACAUUGGAAUUUCUCAGAGAAAUAAUGCCCAGGAAGAUUACAGUCAGACAAUUCAAAGAAAUGAUGGCUGCAAAAAAUAGCAGUUCUUCAGAAAGUAGUUCAGACUCGGACAGUGACAGUGAAUCAGAUACAGAUUCUUGUUCUGACAGUGAUAAAAAGGCUGACAAUUCAUCAAAUAGUGAGCACGAGAGUGAAACAAAGGAGAAUGGCAAAUGUGAUUCUGCUAGUGACAAAAGUGAAGCCAGUGAUAAAAGUGACAGUGAAGAUGAAAGUAAAAGAUAGGAAAGCAGAUAUUUAUUUUCAUAAACCAAGCUCUCUGAUUAUUUAAAAAACAUACCUCGAACUCAAUUUAAAACAAUAUAACACUGCAAACUUUGCAAACAUUUGGUUCUUACAGAAUAUUCAAACUAUUUGUCUAUUUAAUAUUUUAGAUCAAAUACAGACAAUAAUUUUAGGUAUUUAAUACUAUUUUUAUAUGUAUUCAUUACAGACAAAUUGAACAUUAAA